GUCGUCGGCAUGGGUGGUCCUUCCAUCUCCAUUCUUUUUUUUUAAUUUUAUUUGUUUAUUGUUUGAUAUCACACAAAACGAAAACAGAUUCAUUUAUUGUUUUCUGUUUUUUUCUUACUUUAUUUUUGUGUUUGUUUUUAGUUAAAUUUUCUUAAAAAAACAUUUGUUCAAACAAUAAUUUAUAAUUUUCAUUUAUAAAAUGCGAUACAAUUCAAAGCAGACCAAAUUUACCCUAGAAUUUGCAAAACUACGAAUUUAACUCACGUAUUAAUUGUUUUUCCACAUAAAUGGUCAGUAAAAAUGUUUUAAGAAGAAAUGACCACGCUUCUUAUACAUUUUUGUUAAUUCAAAUUCGUCUUCUUUAUUAAAUGUGAUAAAGUUCUUUGUUAAACGUGUUCAGAUUUCGUUUUCGAAUUCCCGCAUUAAGACUUCUUUGAAUUGCUCGCUGCAAAAUGAGGAGUAUCAUCAUCGUUAUCUUUUGGGCUAUAAUAGUCUGUUCUAUUAACACAAUUGCUGCUAUUGUAUCCAAUAAUAUAGAACCUUCUGAUUUGGAGGCCAUUAAUGGAACUAGAAAUUAUCGAAUUUAUGGGAAGAAUAGCAAAGAUGAUAAACCUUGGUUUGAUGGACGUGUUGUCGAUAUGCGUCUGAUUCAAUGUGUGCGUCCAGGAAAAUGCGAAAAGUUGCAAUUCAAAACAUGCUUCGGAGCUAAUAUUCCUUAUACACAAACAAGUCUAGAUUUGACAGAUUAUGAUAACCAGCAACAGAUAAUGGAUCGAUUGAAAAACUAUGAGGCACUGAAACAUGUUCCCAGAUGUUGGGCUGUAAUACAGCAUUUUUUAUGUGCAGUUUUCGCCCCAAAGUGUGAGACAAUCAAUAAUCAAGACAUGGUUUAUCUGCCUUCACUUGAAAUGUGCAAAAUAACCUUGGAGCCGUGUCGGAUACUCUAUAACACAUCGUACUUUCCAGAGUUUAUGAAAUGCAAUGAAACUCUGUUCCCUUCAAAGUGUAACAAUGGAGUACGUGAAAUGAAAUUCAAUUCAACUGGAACGUGUUUGGAGCCCUUAGUGCCAGCUGAAUCUGUAGCUAGUUACUAUCCCGGUAUUGAAGGAUGUGGUGUGCAGUGUAAGGAUCCGCUGUAUACUGAUAACGAACAUAGUCAGAUAAACAAAAUGAUUGGAUGGGGUGUUACUCUUUGUUUUCUGUCAAACCUUUUCGUAGUGGCAACAUUUUUCAUCGAUUGGGAGAAUGCCAACAAGUAUCCAGCGUUGAUUGUAUUUUAUAUUAACCUGUGCUUUUUCAUUGUUUGUUUGGGAUGGCUAGCACAAUUUACACCCGGCGGCCGGGAUGACAUCGUCUGCCGCAAAGAUGGAACCCUACGACACUCUGAGCCCACCGCUGGAGAAAAUCUCUCCUGCAUCGUUGUAUUUAUUUUUGUUUAUUAUUUUCUUAUGGCUGCAAUGGUGUGGUUUGUCUUUCUCACAUAUGCUUGGCAUCUGCGUGCAGUUGGCAACGUUCAAGAUCGUAUUGAUAAAAAGGGUUCAUAUUUCCAUUCUGUGGCUUGGUCCUUGCCAUUGGUGCUCACAAUAACAGCUAUGGCUUUGAGUGAAGUUGAUGGAAAUAGCACGGUUGGAAUUUGUUUUGUUGGUUACCUCAAUCAUUCAAUAAGAGCUGGUCUAUUACUUGGUCCGCUGUGCGGUGUAAUUCUUGUCGGUGGAUAUUUCAUCAUUCGUGGGAUGGUGAUGCUCUUCGGGCUGAAAAACUUUGCCAACGAUAUUAAAUCGACAUCGGCAAGCAAUAAAAUUCAUCUCAUCAUUGUGCGGAUGGGAUUGUGUGCAUUUUUCACGCUGAUAUUUAUUCUCGUUGCUAUUGUAUGUCAUAUUACGGAGUUUAGAAACUCGGCGGCUUGGGGUGAAAGUCUAAGGCAGUAUAUUAUCUGUCGUAUAACGCAAACAUAUAACGAUGAUCAUGUUGUUUGUAAAUUGGAACACCGUCCAAGUGUAGCAGUUUUACAACUUCAUCUUAUUUGUCUAUUUGGCUCGGGGAUUGUUAUGUCUACCUGGUGUUGGACUCCAUCAUCUGUCGAAACAUGGAAACGUUAUAUUCGAAAUAAGACCUUUUGUUUUAGAAAGUGCGGUAGAGAGUUAGUGGAAGACAUCAAAAUGCCCAAACACAAAGUUAUUGCCCAGACUUGGGCAAAGCGAAAAGAAUUUGAAGAUAAAGGGAGGCUCUCUAUAACUCUCUAUAAUACGCAUACUGAUCCAGUUGGAUUGAAUUUCGAUAUGAAUGAUUUCAAUUCUUCAGCUACAAAUGAUAUUAGCUCGACAUGGGCUAAUUAUUUGCCGCAGUUUGUAAAGAGACGCUUCGCCAUAACUGGAGCUGCAACAAAUUCGUCCAGUCAUGGUUGUCAACGUAAGAGUUCGCUGGACUCUGAGAUAAGUUUUAGUGUUCGGCAUGUUUCAGUUGAAUCAAGAAGAAAUUCAGUAGACUCGCAGGUUUCGGUAAAAAUUGCCGAAAUGAAAACUAAAGUUGCCAGUCGCAGUCGUAACUCCAGCAGCCACCAUAAGCAUUCGAAAAAUCGAAGUCGCCGAAAGGAUUUCAUGGCUGCAAGCGGACGUAAAUACAAUAAUCGCCGAGAAAGUAGCACAUCAGUUGAGAGUCAAAUUAUUGCACUCAAAAAAACCACAUAUCCCAACGCGUGCCACAAAGUUGGUCUUUUUGCACAAUCAAAAAGCGCCAAAAACAUGAAGAGGCGAAGUGCAAGUGCUGGACUCGAUCCAAAUGACAUAAACCAAUUUUUGUCUAAAAAUGGACAUUUCAUCAUUCCAUUCUUGCAGAAGGGAAUUAAUUCAUCCUCAGAUGAAGAGACUUCACGUGCCUCUUUUAAGGUUCAAGACUCUAGGUUAGAUGUAGUUUUAAAGCAAGAUCUAAGCGAUGACGAUGAAUAUACUAAUGGGGCAAAAAUUGAAGAACUUAUCGAUAAUAAUGAAUUUGGCCGAUCAUCAAAUCGAAAGUCAACAAAUAUUAAUUUGGAAAAUUUCAUAAAAACUAUGAACAAAUCAUCGGCAUUGGAAAACAAUCGCAUUGAUGCAGCUAGUCGGAAUAGUAGAAAUAGUACAAAAAGUCGUGGCAGUCGAAAGUCAACUGCGCAAGGAUCAAAACGUUGUCGAAGUAAAACAAACAAAUCAACGAAAAAAGUAGCUACCGCUGAUUUGGAUAUCUCAGACUUGAAUUUGAAUCUCUAUUUGAAUCAUGAUGAAGAUGAUGAUGAUGAUUCUAUAAGCUCUUUCUCACUGGAUAUGGAUUUGCCAACAGGAAUGCAAAGUUCAUAUUCGGGCAUAUCAGUAGGUAAGACUCAUUCAAGGAAUAGCAAAACAAGCUGCGAUGUCGGCAUUCAAGCUAAUGCAUAUGAAAUUGCUGCCACUCAAACGUACGCGGACGAUGAACUUAUGAUAGCUAUGCGGCAUUUGAAUGCAAAAAAUCGUCGAAGAAGUGAAAUGACUAACGAUGACGAUCAAGAAACUCAUGAACUAUUACCGAUGGUAAAGAAUCGUGAGACAAUUAUGAUGAGUGAGGCGGAGAAAUUGAAAAUGCUCCUACUGCCAUCUAAGUAAAAUAUUUGACUGAUGGGAAAUAAUAUUCUUCCAUGACACACAUAUCAUCUCUAUUAUAUUAUAUCACACCGACAUAUAAUGGUCAAAAAUGUUAAAUACUCAAUUUAAAUGACUUAAAGUAUACUACACUUAAUUUUAGUUUAAAUCUUAUAUUAAGAUUAAAGAAUAUUAAGUUAAGAGCAAUUGUAUGCGCUAUGCGCUUUUGCAUAGAUAAAAAAUAAACAACGAAUAAAUAUUUUUUUACGAGCGAAACUUGAAUGAUGUGAAUUCA